GUGAGAGGCAGUGGGGUCAGCCCAGAGCUGGACAGGAGCUCUUUUAUUAAAACGUUAACAUUUACGAACCGUUUGUUUCUGAUUUCAUAAGAUUGUCGGUAAACGCGCUUCCGUCUCGUUCACGGUGUAACGUAUAUUUUCUGUCGGCAUGAAUCUCGGGGACGGCCUGCUGUUUGAGCUUGAAAAUGGAAAACCGAAGUUGAUUUUACUCAGUCAUGGUGUUGAGAAGAAUCCAGCAAAGCAGCUGUCCUGCAGGCCCAGAGCGGCUAACAUCCUGAGCUCCAGGCAGCCGUCCUGUGUGGAGGGGGUGCAGGGAGAGGAGCGUCCAGCCCGGCAGCUGGCAGGGAGGCACAGAGAAACCAAGAGCAAGGCAGGAGGAGCAGCCGUUUCCUCCACCUCUAACGCCACCACCACCGCUGGGGGGAGGAGCUCCACUCUGACAUCAUCUAAGACACAUGAGAAUCACAAAGGGGGCAGCGUCAAAGUUGUAGCAAAGGUGAAGUCAGACAGACACAAACACAGCACUACUGUUGGCUCCUUGAGAGCCAAUGGGAAAACAGGACAGCUUCAGAACAGAGAGGCACGAGCCAGUGGAAAAGUGGGACUAAAAGACACAGUGGCCAGUGGGGACACGGGACUGAAGGACGGCAUGGUGUGUCUGACCAGUGAGCAGCUACAGAAGCUCCUGAGCACAGUCCACACCUCCAGCAAUGGCCCACACCCACCAGAGGACCCCAGGACCCGGGGUGCUGGUAGUGAUGGAAAUCAAGCCGACUCAAAAUCUGGCUCCUCAAUGAAUAAAGGAGGAGGAGGAGGCGAGGGCGAAGGAGGAGGUGGAGAGAUGAAAGAGGAAGACAGAGGGGGAGGAGGAGCUGAAACAACUGAAAGAUCACAGGAUAAAGAUAAAAGGUUGUCUGGAUGUCCGUUCAGCUGGCUGGAGGAGCGACAGUCAGACAGCAGAGCAGCCAUCGACGCCAAGAAGGCUCAGUGGAGGAGAGAACUAGAUGAGCAAGUGGCACUGAAGCAGCAGCAGCAGCAGCGUUCAGCUCCUGGCAGACUCCAGGCUGAGGAAGACACAGAGAGUUUGUUCUCAGUGCAGAGCUCCGUCAGCCACAGAGAUCAGCCUGCAGCCAUCAGAUCCAGGCUCAGACUCGGGGAGGUCACCCCGACGGAGGAGAUGCUGAGUGUUGAGAGGAAAGAGGAGCAGAGGAGACGCUGGCUGGAGGAGCUGGACCGACAGAGAGAGGAGACGACUGAGCGCAGGAGAAGAGAGAAACUGCUGCAGAGCCAGACGGAGGACCACGAGCUCUGGGCCACACACUUUGACUCUCUGCAGAGACGGCCUCCAGUACUGACUGCAGCUCCAUCAGCUCCACCUCCAGCCCUGUCCAACAGCUCCGAGCGAGGAGAGUGGGAGCCAAUGUCCAGUUUGUCCCUGGUCUGGGAGGCUACCAGCAGCUGUGGAGCAGAAAGUGUCGGGGGAGCCAGCAUAGAUACAACCAGCGGGUACCCAACUAGAGCCAACUAUCUGAGGACCAUGACCGCCCUGCUGGACCCCGCCCAGAUAGAAGAGAGGGAGAGGAGGAGGCUCAAACAGCUGGAGCAGCAGCGAGCGAUCGAGGCCCAGAUGGAGGAACGGCGGCAGCAGAGGGAGCGAGAAGAGGCGAGAAGGAGAGAGGAGGAGGAGGAGGAAGAGAGGAGGGUGGCGCUGGAGAGGGAGAUGCUUGAGAGACAGUACGAGCUGGACACACUGAGGGAGAGGCAGAAGUUGAGCCGUCAAGCAGAGGAUUCAAAGAAAGACCGCGAUGACGGGAAACAUCAGGAGAUACUGGAGCCCAGCGCAGUUACCAAACGGAGUGAGUGUUCAGUGGAGGAGGAGGUCAGCAGCUCAGCCUCCUCAUACAGAGACACGGCUGUACAGACAGAAGCAGCUCCAUCUCUCCCACUCAGAGUUCAGACUCCUGACGUCUCUGCACAGUACCAGCCGCCUCCUUCUCUGUCUGCUGGACCUCCAAACGGCAGGAACCGAGCGGUGAGAACAGGCAAGGAGAACAUCUGUCUGCCAGGAGUAGGAAGUGGUGGAGGAGGAGACCCGUAUGAAGCGUUUGCCAGGACAGAUCGGAGCAGGAGAGACAAGAGGAGGCCGGAGUGGAACACACAGAGGCCCAACCGUCGGUUCGUCCCAGCCUCGGAGCGUUACCCGGCUGCUCUGCAAAAGAACAGACAGGAGAGUCGACAAAAGAGGCAGGCUGAGCUCCUUGCUCUGCAGGAGAAGACUCAUCUCUCUAGGGCUGACCCUCCUCCUCCUCUUCAGCAACAGGAAUCUCGUCUGUGCUCCAACCCCACACAGACCAGGCCCAGUCCCACCAAAAGGGUGGAGAGUGUUUCCAGAGGACACAGUGUCUCUGCAGCCAUCAGCACUGACAGGGGGCGCUCUCCUCCCGUCCCUGCUGUCAGACACAGACUUCAGGGUCAGCAGGCACCACCCUCUUCCACCCCUUCACCUCCACCUGCGGAGUUUGUUCCUUAUGUUCGUACUGAUGAAGUCUUCAACCUGGACCCACUGGAGCCUGCCGACACCCCACCCCCACCACGCACACACACAGCUCCUCCAGCGUCUCCUCCUGCUCCCUCACAUCGACUCCUCCAACCUGAACUGCUUCAUAACACACAAACACACCGACAGCAGGAGAUCCUGAGAGGCCUGGCACAGCUACGGCAGGGUUUAUUACAGAAGCAGAGGGAGUUGGAGACGGAUCUGAAUCCUCUACUCAAGCGCCAUGACAACGAGCUCCGGGCACCCUCUGCAACGCACCGCAUGUGACCUUUGACCCCUGCUCUCUCUGUAUGCUGACUGGAGACUGGAUGUUCAAUGUGCCACGACGUGGAGGAUCAUCAUGGUUCACAUUUCACUUGAAUAUCAGACUGCAGCAGAUUUGGAGUUUUUAAAGAAUAGCGGAUCAUAUCAGAGUGAACUUCACCUGUCCUGGAUGUAACUAGCAUCAGGGAGCAGAAGUACUUGUUUUAUUUUCCUGUCAGCAGCUCAGUAAGUCCAACGACACAAGACUACUUCCUAAAUCUUACAAAGUACUUUGCAAUAGAUAGUCAGUGUCUAGUCAUAGUUAGAGGAUGUGGUGGGAAAGCUCAAUUUUUAAACUCACAUAAGAGACACUAUUACAUUUACUAAAGAUAUGAUUAAUUAAACUUACAAUAACAGCAGUAUACUACAGCAUUACUGGUUAUUUAAAUGGAGUCCUGUAGGUUAGACGACGUGAUUUUGGGGCUGUUUCUGGUUAAACAAAAAUGAUCUUUCGCUUUAACAAAAAGGUCUAUCUUUGAAGGAGUCCUUUCAGUAAUCUUUUCAGACACUCAUAACAACACUAACUUAUGAUAACUAUCAGUGGCAAUAAAAACUACGAUUUGGGAGAUUUAAAUUGACGGUGAAACUCUGCCUCAAGUGUUAACAUUGCAAAUGUUCCCAUUAGUGAGUUAGAAACAAAAACAUGGGAACAUAAGGUCCAAGUUGAAAAAUACCCUUUAAAGUAAUAGUUCAGUUUCUUUGAAGUGGAGCUGUAUAAGAUACUUAUCCAUAAAAGGUAUUUUACCUUUUAUUUUAGAUGUCAGUCAGAACGCCCCCAGUUUGGAGAAGCAGGCUGGGGUCCGACACAGAACCUCAGCAGUGGACUGCUGUCAGAGGGGGUCAGCAAUAAUGUAUAUUUUAGCCACUUAAAAAAGUCCCACCAAAACACAGUCAGUAUCAGUUUAAGUGUACGCUAUAUUGAGAGUAUUUUAACUGAUUCACCUUUCAGUCAGACAGCUCUUUUCCGGGAGAGUUAACAAUUUCAGUUCCCCAUCUAUACCCUCAUCAAAGGCACCAGACUCCUGACAAAACAGUAAUUUUAGCACGCUUAACACAGUGGCGUUUAAAAGGGUUAGUUUGAGUCACCAAAGUCACACAGUAACACUAACUGACUGAUCAAAGCAGCAGUUGAUCAGCAGCUCCUGUGUUCACAGAGGUAAAAUCACUGCUUUUCUCAAUGAAGAGAAUGAUAUAACAGCUUCAUUUUCCUGUCUGGCACUCCAAAAUGGGGAAGCAGACAGGAGUCCGACAUCUACUGGGGGACAUCUACUGUAGGUAAUAUACUAGCUAUGGAUAAGUAUCUCACACAACUCCACUUCAAAAAACUAAACUAUCCCAUUAACUCUGGAUUAAGUUUAUUUGACAUUCAGAGAGCCACACAGCAACUCGUGGUAGCUCUGUUUUCCCCCUCAGUGUAAAAGGAUGUGACGCUUUGUGGGUGAAUACCUACUGUAUCUGUUCUGGCAUUUUCACUAUUGAAAACACAUGGCUCUGUGUGCAUCUUCAGACUGAGCAUAAAGAGGGUUAUUUGUGCAAAUCUUUAUUUACCACAAACAACCAAUGUUCCAUCAAUACAGACAUUAGCUGUAGAAGAGUUGCAGCAAUACAGUGGGACAAUGUUAACUCUGUAAUGUUAUGGACAAAUUCAUUUGAACCAAUCUUAUGUUGGUUUCAAUGUAUUUGAACUUGAUUAUUAUUAAUUUUUUAAAGAGACAGGCUUACAGGAGGUGAUCCAUUCGAGCCGGUGUGCAUGAACAGUGGACAUGGGUUUUUUAAUGUACUCCAGCCUUUAAUGUGACAGGCAGCUAAACAGUAAAGACUGUGUCGUACUAACAGUAACUAACACUUGUCUUCAGUCUGAACCUGAUUUUAAAAUCAAGAACAUUUCUGACUUUAUUUUUGAACACUUAAAAAACUGAAAUGUGAGUUGCAGGUUCGACUGACGGAGCUUUUAACUUUUUAGCUUUUAGCUUUUAACACCUCAGUGUUUAUUUAAAUCUGCUCCUUCAGUUCUACCUCACAUCAAGACAUGUUCUCACUAAAUGAGUUUAUGUGGGUGAUUUAACAUUUUAUGUAAAGAUUGUAUUUUAAAAUUCAGUUUUUAAAUGCACUUUUCAUAAUGACACUGUACCUAACAGGUAUUGAGUUUUACCUUUUUUUAUUUCUUCUUCUUCUGGGCACCUCGUCCUUUUCUUUGGAGUAAUCGUUCCUGCAGAGGAGCACAGCACUUAUUUAAAUCAUGAAUGAAAGAUGUAUUUUGUUUCUUCAGCUUCCUGCUGGCAGAGGAGUUUUGUUUUUGAUUCUGUGUUGUGUAAUUUUUCUGGUUAUAUUGUAUUGUGUUUUUUAUUUAUUGCAAAUAAAGAAUGUAAAGUGUUCUGAGA